CCGGUGAGAUCUCGUCGCCGACUCGGGUGAUGUCCGCCCCGCAGCCUCCGCAGCAGCCCCGCGGGGAUUCGGCAGCAUGCUAACGGAGCCAGCGGGCCGGGCUAGCUGAUGCCGAUGACUGGCUGUUUCCCGACGACGACUGGUCUUUCUGCAGCGGGGAGGCGCCAUGGCCGGGAAGGUGAAGUGGGUGACGGAUAUCGAGAAAUCGGUGCUCAUCAACAACUUCGAGAAGAGGGAGUGGGUCCAGGUCACAGAAAACGACGACUGGAAUUUCUACUGGAUGAGCAUCCAGACCAUCAGGAAUGUGUUCAGCGUGGACACCGGCUACCGCCUGUCCGAUGACCAGAUGGUCAACCACUUCCCCAACCACUACGAGCUGACCAGGAAGGACCUGAUGAUCAAGAACAUCAAACGCUACCGCAAGGAGCUGGAGAAGGAGGGCAGUCCGCUGGCGGAGAAGGACGAGAACGGGAAAUACAACUACUUAGAUUUUGUCCCCGUGACGUUCAUGCUCCCCUCCGACUACAACCUCUUCGUGGAGGAGUACCGCAAGAACCCGUCCAGCACGUGGAUCAUGAAGCCCUGCGGGAAAGCUCAGGGCAAAGGCAUCUUCCUCAUCAACAAACUGUCCCAGAUCAAGAAGUGGUCCAGAGACAGCCGCACCUCCACGUUCGUCGCGGCGUCUAGUGGCAAAGAGGCCUACGUCAUCUCCCUGUACAUUGACAACCCCCUGCUGAUAGGAGGGAAGAAGUUUGACCUGCGCCUCUACGUUCUGGUGACAACGUAUCGCCCCCUGAAAUGCUACAUGUACAAGCUCGGCUUCUGUAGGUUCUGCACAGUGAAGUACACACCCAGCACCAGUGAGCUGGACAACAUGUUCGUUCACCUCACCAACGUGGCCAUCCAAAAGCACGGGGACGACUACAACCACGUCCACGGGGGCAAGUGGACGGUCAGUAACUUCCGCUUGUACCUGGAGAGCACCCGAGGGAAGGAGGUGACGAGCCGCCUCUUCGACCAGAUCCACUGGAUCAUGGUGCAGUCUCUGAAGGCCGUGGCUCCUGUGAUGAACAAUGACAAACACUGUUUUGAGUGUUACGGGUAUGACAUCAUUAUCGAUGACAAGCUCAAGCCGUGGCUUAUUGAGGUCAACGCCUCGCCCUCGCUGACCUCCAGCACGGCCAACGACCGCAUCCUCAAGUACAACCUCAUCAACGACACGCUCAACAUCGUGGCGCCCAACGGGGACGUGCCGGACUGCCGCUGGAACCGCAGUCCGCCCCGAGAGGCGCUGGGCAACUACCAAGUCCUGUACGACGAGGAGCAGGCGCAGAGCGACCACGCCGAGCGGGACCUGCGGAGCCGCUCGGGUCAGUCCCUGGGGUCAAAGGGCACCAAGGGGAGCGCGAGCGCCCGCCCCCCCACCGCCACCUGGAAGUGAGGUGACCGGUGCCGACUCUGGAUGACUUACCGUGCAUCACGACAGGGUCCAACAGUGGGGAACAGGGGGGUUUGGAAAAAGAAAGAAACAAAGAAACCGCUCCCUGUCGCCACAGUUCACCGGCCGGGUUCACAAGGGGGCGACAACGGCCGCUGCCCCCCCCCCCCCCUGGUGAGGAGGGGUAUCAACGGUGUGGUGUUUGAAGGCCGGGGGUUCGUUGCCGCUCGUGCGAAUGAGUAACUACGGAUCCAGACGUUGUGAUGGCGGUGCUCCACCACCACCACCCCCGGCAGAAGCUCCAGAAAACCUCCAGAAAAACCUUCUGAGCCCGAAUGGAAAGAACAAACGGAUGACACCUCCGGAGAGGGAAUUGAUGGCUAAUUCAAUUAGAUUCCAACGUGAUUGACAAAGGAUUUGAACAGCCUUGAACUGUGCAUGAUUACCAAGUCCUGACGCUUAAACCAGAGCCCCCCCCCCACACACACAAGAAGUUGAGCUGUGAGAUGAAGUGCUCUGUUAAAAAGGAACAAGAGAUAGAACUCGUACAAAGAGUAUAAAGAUGUGAUGUACUGAAAGGCAGAGUUAACAGUACAUGUGUAGAAUUACAUUUAAUAAUGUUUUUUUUAUAUGUUUAUUAUCUGUAUGCAUAUGCAGGUUGGUUCAUUAAGUUCCAUUGUAUUCAGUGCGGGACCCCAUCUGUUAAACGUUAUUUUUGCUUGAAUAAAAAAAAAAAGGGAUAUGUUGCAUUUUGAUUUGAGGCGCUGACGUCAUAACUUUAAAAUCAUAACAACUAACUUGUUUGGAAUGUGUUUCCUGCAACUACUGAAAUAUAGAAACACAUGACACACUGUUAUUUUUGUGUAUGUAUGUAUUACUCCAGUGGUGAUUUUAAAGAAAAGAGCGGGUGCGAUAAGCUGACCCAUCAAUCAAGUCAUAAAUCCAUUAUUAUGUUUAUCAUAAGAAUCACUCUUGUUUUACUUUGUCAAUGGAUGAAAGGAAGGUGCUAAAAGGUUUCCAGGGAAUUCAACCGGUUCCUGAUUAAAUUAACUCAAGCUCUUGGUGCUGAAACGCUUUCUGGUCCCACGCUGAUAAAUUAAUCAAAUGGCCAAUUCUUGAUGCGAAAAUACCAAAUGUAGGAAAAUUCUGUCGAUAACUCUGAUGUUUCUGGCUUUGGGUUUGCUUUAUUUCUAGACUCCGCAUGGCACACCAUACGUUGACCCUGAAAGUUUGACACUGCUGACCCGUGUGUGUCGUCGUUAACGUGGACACAUUUAUUGAGAGGCCGCUUAAACUCUCACGCGAGAUGCGGGUUUUCGCUUCUUUGUUUUCGACUGCAGCUUUUGUUCAGUACGCGACAUGAGGUUUUUCUGUAUUCAGCUUUGCGGUAUUCAGAUCGCUCUAACUGAGAAGUGCAUCGAUUAUUUUCAGUUUGUGUCUAGCUUUCAAUAAAACCCGUGUCGGUGAUGCUUUGACAAUAAAUGAUGCUCAUUUUGGAGCGA